AUGCGGAGUCCCAAAAUUGUUUUGUCUGUUGUUUCUGGAAUCAAACAUUUUAAAGGCUGGAAAAACCCAAAACUUAAGGAGCAGUUUCAAAAAGGCAUAAUAAAAGUGCUAACUGACUUUUUUUCCUUUUUUUUUCUUUUUUCUUUUUUGUUUCUUUCUUUUUUGUUUCUUUCUCUUUUUUGUUUCUUUCUCUUUUUUGUUUCUUUCUCUUUUUUGUUUCUUUCUCUUUUUUGUUUCUCUUUUUUCUUUCUUUUUUUUCUUUUCUCUUUUUCUCUUUUCUUUUUCUUUUCUUUUCUUUUUUUCUCUUUUCUCUUUUCUUUUUUUAUUUUUCUUUCUCUUCUUUUCUUUCUUUCUUUUUAUCUCUUUCUUUUCUUCUUUCUCUUUUCUUUCUCUUCUUUCUUUUCUCUCUUUUCUUUCUUUUUUUCUCUUUCUUUUUUUUCUUUUCUUUUUUUUUUUUUCUUUUCUUUUUUCUCUUUUUCUCUUUUCUUUUCUCUUUCUUUUCUCUUUUCUUUUCUCUUUUCAUUUCUUUUUUCUUUUUUUUUUUCUUUUUACAGAGCUGCCAAUACUACUGAACUGUGGAUAAUCACAAAUGGAGUUGAUGGAGGCAUUGCAAAGACUAUCGGCGAUGCCAUCCAUGAAGAGAAAAUUCACAGGAUUAGCAACCGUGUUCAACAGGCAUACUCAUCAAUACGUUCUGAGUCAACUCUUAAACUUCCAAAGCUUACAUGCAUUGGAAUAAUGCCAAAAAAUUGUAUUACAUAUGAAAAUUCCUUUGAUGGCUUGUAUGAUGGGCCAAUAAUAAUAAAAAAUGAAGGACACAAACCCAAUUCUGAUUCUUAUGAUCUGAACGCUGACCAUACCCACUUCAUUCUCGUGGAGGAUGAACCUGGGGAACAGUACAUUUUUAGUAAUUUCCGGUGUUUGCUUGAACAGAGACUUGGAUCAGAGUUGGGUAGGCCACAUCGAUUUAAAAGGUUUUUCAGUAAUGAAUCAUUUGAGAAUGAAAUGAGAGCAGAAACAUCUCCAGCUGCUGUUCCAGUUGUUGGCUUACUCGUACAAGGAGGACCAAAGAGUAUAGACCAUAUUUUGUUUUUCCUCAAAAACAGAAUGCCUGUUCUGGUAUUAAAGGGUUUAGGUGGGGCUGCUGAUCUUGUAGCUUUUUGCUAUGAAGAACUUCAGGAAAGGAGUGAUCAAGAUUUUGAAGAGAAUGCUUUGAAGCCUGAAUUGAUAAAACGAAUCACCAAAACAUUCCCUGAUGAUUUUAAAGAAAAUGAUAUUGCUAGAAAUGCAUUCCGGGAUAAGAUACUGGAGUGUGUGAAAUGUUCUCAAGAGGGUGACCAAACCUUCUUGACCUUUGUCAACACAAAAGCUGAAAAACUCUCCGGAACACAAUGGAGAGAACAGCUGCAUAAAGAUUUACAGCUCACUUUGGACUGGAACCGACCAGAUCUUGCUUUCUCUGAAAUAUUCCAGAGAGAUGAUUUUGGAAAGUUGAAGAUUGAUAAAAAUCUGUUUGACCAAGCUCUCCUUAAGAAAGAUCGAGAAGAGUUUGUAGAACUUUUUCUUGAUCAAAACUUCCAAGUUCAUAAAUUUUUGAACCAUAAAAAGUUGAAGCUUCUUUUCGAAAAAGCAGAAGAUCGAGAAUUUUUCCUUAGUACCUGUCUCGAAGGUGCUCUCAGUAAAAAUUAUACACAUGACCAGCCUCUAGCUCCAAACUUUCUGGACACAGAACUAAAUCGUCUUAUCUACAAGUUGUGUGGCAUCAAAGAUUUUGUCCAACCAUGUGAACUAUCAAUGAACUCACUUGGUUUAUAUGUGCUGGAUCCUUCAGUGGCCGAGAGAAAGAUAUUGGCUAGUGUUUUUCUUGUAUUUCCUAUGUACAUAUGGAUUGUUUUUGUACCAAGUGCAUCAAGUCAUAGCAAAAGAAGAGUAGAUAUGGAUCUCAAAGAAGAUGAAUUAGAAGAUGACAGUUGCAGUGACUCCAGUGAAGACAACAGACUACCACAAUCCAAAUCAAUGUUGGAAAAAGAGUUCCGUAAGAAUGGAAAAAAGUCUGUUGGAGCAAGAUUACGAACUGCCCUGAGACGCAAACGUAAAUUAAAACUACCAUUUUGGAAACAAAUUUACUUGCUGUGGAGUUCACCAAUCACCAAAUUUUGGAUGACCCAGGUGUUCUAUUUCAUUUAUCUGGGUAUCUUUAGCCUGGCUGUGUUAUGGCCCACCUGUGGCAAUAUUUUCCUGGAUCUUAUCGUAUGGCUAUGGACACUGGUUAUAGUCACAGAAAUUGCUCGUCGGACGUACAUCAAACACCAGAAAUAUAAAGCACUUUCAUUGCUUGGGCACUGUGUCGAGAUAGCACUAAUUCUAGUGUUUCUCAUUCUUUACCUGAUUCUGCGCAUUAUUCCCCAUUGGGUGAAUUUCUCUGAUUUUAUCACAGCAAAGAUUGUCAUGGCAAUUGGCUUGAUUUAUUUCUUUUAUCGCCUGCUUGGAGUCUACCUGCCCAUCAGUCCAACGUUAGGACCCAACCUUGUACGCAUAGUCAGAAUGGUUAAGCAUGAUUUUGUGGCCUUCAUCAGGAUGUUCCUGAUAUUUUUGUUUGCUGGUGGUGUAACCACACAAGCCGUCCUUUACCCAAAUUACCCAAUAGAUCCUGUGAUUGCUCCUGUUGCUGCUUGCCCAUACUCUAGCUUGGGUGGCUACAUUGUAGUAUUGCAGUAUUUAAUCAUUUGCAAAUUAAUUCUCACCACAAUUCUAUUUGCCAUGUUUGCGUUAACAAUAAGCAAGGUUGACAAUGAAGCAGCUUCUAUUUGGAAAUUUCAACGUUAUGCACUGGUUGUUGAUUUUGAAGAACGCUUGUGUUUUCCGCCACCUCUCACCUUUAUAAGUUACAUUGCUAUGUUAGUUCGACUGAUCUAUCGGAAAGUGAAGAAAUGUAAGAGGAACUGUGAAUUCUUCUGUAACUGCUGGAAAAAAGCUGCAUCGCCAGAAACAACAUCUUCAGGCCGAAGCACACAGAGGUUUAAGAGAUCAGAAGAUUACAGCUACUGGAAAAAAUGUGCAAAAGAAUAUUCCCACACUUUAGAGACUCAACAGAAAAUGUCAGAUAUUCCAAAAAAACAGGCAGAAAUUGUUAAUAACCUGAAAGAUGAUAUGCAGCUGCAGAAGAAAAACAUCAAACGGCUUAGUGACCGGGUGGUUGAACUUGAAAGAGCUUUACAGACAAGUCGGAUAUAUCUUGAAGACAUCAAACAUAUGCUGGAUAAGUCUGAUGUCCAGGGUGUGUCAAGCACAAAGGGUCAGAGUCUUCAUGUGGCAGCACGCCAAUCUCCUUACCCUGGGACCAAAAUUGCUAGAUUCCCAGUGUUUGAUAAAUAUGUGCCUUGGGAGACUAACUACAAUGUUUAUGAUCCAAAAACGUACACAAAACCUAAAGACCAAUUUUUUGAAGAUGAAAUUGUAUUUGUUGAUGAAGAUAUACUUGAGUUACGCGCACAAGAAGAACUCCGUUCCCAAAUGACAGAAGAAGACCGUUUAGAACAGCCUGCUCUUCCUGUCUUUAGACCUAUGUGGAAUGCAGUUGUAACUUACAGACAAGAAAAUACCACCAGAGAAGUAGAUAGAAGAUCUUGGAUAACUAUUGAUUCUCAACCAGUGCGGUAUAAAUUGGACCCUACAGGACUUCCACAAAACCCAAUGGGUCGCACAGGUAUCCGAGGAAAAGGAUCACUGUGGCGAUGGGGUCCAAAUCAUGUGAUGCGUUCUGUGGUGACUCGAUGGCGAAGGAAAUACACAGGAGAUUUUCAACCUAUGAAUUACUUAUAUGUUGAUGGCAAAAGAGUCCUGGAAUUUAUUGCUGUUCGCAAAGAGAAUGCUGAUGAAUAUCUCUUCUGUUUGCCAGGGGAUGCUUUACAUGGACUAACCACACCAUACAGUACACUGUGUGAGGCAUUUAUGAAAUCUGUAUUUGAUGAACAAGAUGUAGAUUCCAAAACUGAGCUCGAUCAAACGGAUAUGAUUCAGUUCUUUGCCCAAUUUGCUGCAUCUGCACCUUGCCCACGCAGUUCUGCCUCAUUGUCUAGUCCCUCACGUUCCACCAGUCAAUCAAUGCUACCCAUGCUCUCUGGUUCUCGGACAAGUCUUCGUACUGAACAGGAUAACCAAGGAUUUAGUGCAUGUUUAUUAUACAAAGGUUAUGUUGAUGACCCCAGAAACACAGACAAUGCUUGGGUUGAAGCAGAAGUCUGGAACUUUCACUAUGAUUUUGCAGACACUUUUGAUACACGUAUUUUGGAGGAAGCAAGUGUCAAAUGGAAGGAGGUGUCUCCUUAUGUGAAACUAGUUGGAAAUGAAGCUGUGAUUGUACAAGAAGCUGCCAGAAUUCAUGAUGCUUAUAACUGA